AUGGCGAACAAGACGGAGCUCCAGGUGACAGACCAAACCUCCUCCCCUGAGGAGGAGCUGAAGAAACCCGCUGGCCGCCGGACCCGCCGCCGAGGCGCCGCCACCUUAGGAAGGCGGAGCCAGAGAGGGAAGAGGCGGGGCCCUGCGGACAAGAGGGGGGCCGGGCGAGAAGAGGCGUGGUCAGAAGGAAAAGAGGCGGGGUCAGGAGGAGAAGAAGGAGGGGGUGACAGUGAAGAGGAUGUGGAGCGGUGGAAAGCGACAGUACGCGUGUUCUGCCGGCGGCCGCAGGUGAAGAUCGCUCGUCACCUGCUGAGGAAGCACGCUGACCAACAGGAAGUGAUGGCUGCCAGCACGCUGCCGACGGGCUCCAAACAGCGCCACCUGCUGCUGGAGCAUCUGCGCUGUAGAGGCAACUACCUGCAUAACAUCGAGGUGAUCAGGCAGGGCAGUGACCCCCCCGCCUCCACAGGAGAGUCCACCGCUGAGCCCAUAAAGGAUUCAGCAUCUGACUCCACAGGUGAGUCGGUCUGUGAUCGAGCAGACGACAGGACCUCCAAGUCCACAGAGGACUCACCAUCUGAUCCCUCAGGAGACGCAGUCACAACGGAACAGACUGGGAACUCUGAGACUGGGUCCAAACGGGCCAUGACUUCUGAACACAGUGGGGAUCAGAACGCAACCUCUGACCCUGCAGCGGACCGGCCAAGGAAGCGCAGCAGGGUCCAGGCUGCAGCUUCCCGCCUCCUCCCAAUUUCCAGUGGAGCAUCUGAAAGCUGCAGUGAAGUCCUGCACCGCAUGAACCAGGACUACAUCUCACAUCAGGUCAAAUCUGAUUGGUUGAUCUGUAAAUAUGGAAACAAGUUGAUGGGGAACCAAGAUGGCAGCCAGAAGAGGUACGAUUACGUCAGUCAGAAACUGAGGGAGCUCGGGCGGUUCCUCCUGGCUGCUAAAUCUCUGGACUCUGACAUUCAGACCCUGCAGGAUGUCCUCGCUCCAGGUCGCCUCAGCCUGGCGCUGGCCGCUGCCAGAAAGGCAUCCGGGUACCGGUGGAGCCGCCCUCCUCUGGCGGUGAAGACGACUCUGAAGACGGUUUGUGAGAUUGCCAUCGGAGAGAGUCUGCAGGACGGAGACUGGGAGGCAGCAGCCAAAACCACCGACUUCUACCACAUGCUGGGACGAGAGUGGGACAACCUAGGGCUAUUAAACCCUGAUCCUGACACAGCUGCUCCAGAGGGAGGAUCCAGCUGA